AUGGCUGACCUCGAUGAGAGCAACCUCCGACGCUACCUUGACGAAGCGGUAAGUGCAGCACAUGAAGCAGGAAACCUAAUGCUGGAAUGCUUUGCGCGCAAUGACGCUCAUACGUCAGUAGAGGAAAAGGCCUCAAAUGCAGAUUUGGUGACCAAGUAUGAUCGCCAAGUGGAAGAAUUAGUUCUUACUCGCUUAAGGGCCUGUGCACCCGAUUUCGGAGUGGUUGCAGAGGAGACGGCGAGCAAAGAGGAGCUAACAGAUGCCCCAACAUGGGUCGUCGAUCCCAUUGAUGGCACCACAAACUUCAUCCAUCGACAGGCUGAAUGCUGCGUUCUCAUCGGCCUGGCUGUGCGGAAGCGUGCAGUGCUGGGUGUUUGCUUCAUCCCGAAGAUGGAUGAGCUUUACACAGCGAUCAAGGGGCAUGGAGCCUUUUGCAACGGACGAAGGAUUGCCUCAAGUGGCUGCAAGGACCUGACCAAAGCCAUGGUCAAUCUUCAUUUUCCUUCUUAUUCUCGAGGGCCAAAAGUCCUAGAGAGAAUUUUGGGUGUUAACCAUGACUUGCUUGCUCAUCCCGUCCGAGCAAUACGCAGUGGUGGUUCUGCGGGUGUGGACAUGAUGCACGUGGCGCGUGGGCGGUUGGACGCAUACUUCGAGGUUGGUAUUUAUCCUUGGGAUGUUUGUGCAGGGCAAAUUAUUGUGGAAGAGGCUGGAGGUGUGUGUCUGGACACAAUGGGUGGCAAGUUCGAUCUUUCUUCCCGGCGUGUCAUGGUUGCUUCCUCUUCUGAGUUGGCCAGCCAGUUGGCGGUGCAUUUGCGACGGCGCUGUUAUGACACGCUUGAUGCUGAGAACUACCAGUGUUCCAAGGAGGAAGCUGACUUGAAGAGGAGGAAGACCUAG